CAAACGUAUGAUCGGACGGGCAGCAGACGCUAUUCACAGCCGGGUCGUUUUUUCUGCCCAUAUCGUUCUUAAAGCUUGUGGUACAUCUGACGUGUGAAGCAGUUCCUGAUAUCUCGCGAUGACGCUCGACAAUACACAGGUGCGAGUUGUUCGGAUGGCGACAUGACGCGAAAAGCGCGCUCUUGUCGGUUUUUUCGGUCGUCGUGUCUCCUAGCUGCUUCUCAGCAGUUACGGCUUUUGGAAGCAGAGAGGAAAAGCUGUGAUCAGAUGAAGCGAUGAAUCUUUGGGACGCUUUCUGUGCAACAAAUGAUGGCACCCUGGUCGUCUGGGACGGUAACCGUCUGAGCCGCUGCUUUCUGGAUCUCCUUGGAAGUGCUGUGCACAUUCUAGUCGCGGUCAUCAGCGUCUACUACGUUGGCAUCCGCCAAAUCUCCCUACGCCGUGACCACCAGCUCGUCCACCUGCUGCCAUUGACAUGGCGGAUCCAUCUUCGCAAGCUGUGCUGCUCCGUCUUCCUGCUGUGUCCCAUUGUUCACCUCGUCAUGUCCCAGCUGAUACUCGGCGAGGUCAUGGCACCCUCAACGAUGUUCAACAUUGGUGCUGUCAUCCUGACCUGGAUGGUCCACUUCUUCUACCUGCAGACACUGACAAAUCCACUGCCACGACACCGCCGGUUCGUUGGCGAGGUUCCUGUGAUAUUUGUUGUGGCCAUGUCCGGAUUGUGUGCAACGUUUCGCGUGUCUGCGCUCCUUUCCCUAAGUGAGUCAGAUCAUGGCGCUGAACUCUCGUAUUGUGCAGACUUGUACUCGAACAUUGCAAGCGCGCUUGCCUGUGCCUUCUACCUUACAGCUGCCAUACAUUGCUCGAGCACUGCAGGCGAGACGCCGCCGCAGACGAGCCACGAGUCACCAUCAUCCAUUCAGAGCUACGUUCGUCUGCUCGAAGCGGAUGACGAAGCCCAACAGCUCGGCACGGCGGAAGACACGAACUUCUUCUCGCUCCUCACCUUUUGGUGGGUCGGACGGUUGAUGCGCCGUGGAUACAGGGGCCACAUUCAGGAGCCCGAUGACCUGUACGACCUUCCGGUCAGCCUGAGACCCGAAGAGGUCGUGCGGGAGCUCUACCAGAAUGUUGACGCCUCCAAGCCCCUUCCCAGCCUUCUUAUGCUGUUCCACCGGUGCCUUGGAAAGCAGUACUAUGCCAUCGGAGUUCUCAAGUUCCUUGCAGAUGUCCUGUCAUUCGCCAGUCCUGUCUUGCUCAACAGGCUCAUCAUGUUCCUUGAAGAAGGACCUGGUCAGGGACCCGCAUGGUCUGGCUAUGCCUAUGCGUCAGGGCUCACGUUUGCCUGUCUGGUUGGUGCAUUCCUGUCCAGUCAUUACGGCUACCUGGUGUCGCGUGUGGGUCUCAAGGCGAGGGCGAUUGCCGUGGCACUGGUCUACCAGAAGACACUGCGUGCCGAUGCGACGGAGCUGCGACAGAGUUCGUCGGAAGCACUGAACCUGAUGACCACCGACGUUGAUCGAAUCGUUGGCCUCUUUCAGAGUUUGCACGAGGCAUGGAGUUUACCACUUCAGGUAGCAGUGACUAUGUUCCUCCUUUGGCAGCAAGUGGGCCUAGCCUUUCUUGCAGGCGUGGUGCUGGCCAUUCUGCUAGUCCCUGUCAACCGCUCCAUUGCGCUCAAUAUUGGAAGACUGAGCACCGGCAUGAUGUCAUCCAAAGAUGAACGCAUAAAGCUGAUGUCAGAGGUGCUGUGGGGCAUGCGGAUGAUCAAGAUGCAUGCAUGGGAAGCCCUCUUUCAGGAGCGGCUCGAGAACAUCCGGCGGAAGGAGGUGGCCUUCCUGCGGCAGCGCAAGUACCUGGACGCCCUGUGCGUCUUCUUCUGGGUUGUGACGCCUGUGCUCAUGUCGGUCCUCUCCUUCGUCACAUAUGUCCUUCUAGGACACCGACUCACAGCUGCAAAGGUGUUCACGUGCCUUGCUCUCUUCAACAUGCUCAAAGUGCCACUCAACGCCUUCCCCUGGGUCAUCAAUGGAUGCAUGGAGGCAUGGGUUUCGUUGAAACGUACCCAAUGCUUUCUUGACCUGCAUGAUUUCGCACCUGCCAGCUAUUACACUGCCUCAAAAGAGGAUGACCUGCUUGUACAGGUUACAAACGGUGUCUUUCACUGGGGCAGCGUGACAGGUGAUGCCACUCUUCCAGCAGCCAUCAGCGGAGCCCAGGGCUUCAUUCUAGGACCGGUCAACGUCACUCUACGCAAGGGACAACUUGUGGGUGUGGUGGGUCGGGUGGGCAGCGGCAAGAGCACCCUGCUGGCGGCCAUCGCUGGCAACAUCUGCCGGGUCCAGGGUGUAGUCAGCCUCCAGAGGCUGGACAUGGCCUUGGGUCUGGUGCCCCAGCAACCAUGGCUCCAGCGAGGCACACUCCGUGCCAACGUGCUCUUUGGGCGGCCAUUCGAUGCAGCACGCUACCAAGCAACACUUGAAUGCUGUGCUCUUGUCGAUGACUUGAAGUCUUUGCCAGCUGGCGACUUGACGGAAGUUGGCGAGGAAGGUCAGACACUCAGCGGAGGCCAGAAGCGACGAGUUGCCCUGGCUCGGGCCUUGUACCAGGACUGUGACGUAUACCUGCUGGACGACCCGCUCUCAGCACUGGACGCCCACGUGGCGCAACAGGUGUUUGAACGUUGUGUCCUCGGAGCCAUGCGAGGGAAGGCCCGGCUUAUGUGCACCCACCAAGUGGGCUUCCUUGCACAGGCAGAUCAUGUGAUUGUGCUGCGUGAUGGCAAGCUUAUCGCUGAGGGUCCACCAUCUACAGUGCUAAAGUCGUCCGUAAUAGAAGCACUGCCAGAGCUGACGUCAUCCGAAGAACCGUCUUUGUCGUCGUCCUCAGCAGUAAAGUCCAGCUACAGCACUAGCUCAUCUGUAUCUCAAGAAUGUGCCGGAUUGCUGGUUGAAGACGAGGAACGGGAGUUCGGAGCCGUGCGCCUGAGCACGGUACGCUCUUACUGGGACGCUGUGGGCAACUGGCUGGCUCUUACGGUCCUGCUGUCCCUUGUCCUUAUGCAAGUGUCUCGCACUUCCACUGACUGGUGGCUUGCUGUGUGGGUCUCUUGGGCGAACACGACUGACAAUCUGCAAAAUCGUCGUCUCAUCAGAGACACAAACAGUGAUGUCAUGAAUGUCUUCCUGCCAAUCUAUGGUGGCCUCGCCAUGGCCAACGGUUUCCUGACGUUGGCUCGUGCUUUCUCAUUUGCCUACGGCGGCAUUGUGGCCGCGGUCAAAGUCCAUGACUUGCUUCUCGACAAGGUGCUCAAGGCACCACUGUCAUUCCUGGAAGCCACUCCUGUGGGUCGGGUGCUGAACCGCUUCUCGACGGACAUCUGGUCGAUCGACGACACGCUGCCGUUCAUGUUGAACAUAGUGCUGGCACAGAGUGUGGCACUGGCAGGCACUUUGGUGGUCACCUCCUAUGGCCUGCCCUGGGUGCUUCUGUUGCUCGUACCCUUGGCAUUUGCAUACCACUCCCUCCAGCAAUACUACCGCUGGACAUCGCGGGAGCUGAGACGUCUGGGCAGCAUCACGCUGUCGCCCGUAUACUCACACUUUAGCGAGACGUUUGCCGGUCUCUCGGUCAUCCACAGUUUCAAGGUGGUCACUAGGUUCUGCCAGGAGAACCUGCACAAGCUAGGAGUCAACCAGCAGGCCGUGUUUGCAUCACAGGCAGCAUCCCAGUGGCUCAACCUGCGACUACAACUUAUGGGUGUUCUGCUUACUUCUGGUGUCGCCUUUUUGGCUGUUGUCCAACACCAGGUCCGUGGGGUCAGUGCAGGUUUCGUGGGCCUGGCACUGUCGUAUGCGCUGUCGGUCACAUCCCUGUUGAGCAGCCUGGUGACGUCGUUCACGGACACAGAGAAAGAGAUGGUCAGCAUGGAGCGGUGUGACCAGUACAUCAAGGGACUCGAGGAAGAAAGGCUUGAUGGGGGCAUCUUACCUCCCUUCGGAUGGCCGUUCUGUGGUGCAGUCAAGUUCAGCAAGGUGACUCUUCGUUAUCGUCCCGGUCUACCCGCUGCACUGAGUGGCGUAAGCUUUGAAGCGGCGAAGGGCUGCAAGGUGGGCAUAGUGGGCCGCACGGGCGCAGGAAAAUCCAGCCUGCUCCAGGCUCUGUUUCGGCUUACGCCUGUCGAGAGUGGGCAGAUCUACAUUGACGGCAUCGAUGUCCUUCGUGUGAAUCCCAAGGAAGUCAGGUCCAGGUUGGCAGCCAUCCCACAGGAUCCGUUCGUGUUCUCGGGAUCGGUGCGAGACAACGUGGACCCUCGGGGUCUUCAUUCAGACAGCCAGAUAUGGCGGGCUCUGGACAGGUGUCAGCUAGGACGCACUGUGCGGUCGCUGUGCAACAAUAGCGCUGCGGCGGGCACGGGCCUCGAAGCGAGCCUGGGUCUGCGCGGUUCUGUGCUGAGCGCUGGACAGCGUCAGCUUUUGGCCCUGGCCAGGGCCCUUCUUUACAAGGCACGGGUCCUCUGCCUGGAUGAGGCGACUGCUGGCAUAGAUGUUGAGACCGAUCGUGCAAUUCAGGAAACGAUUCGGAGCACAUUCCACGACACCACCAUCCUGGUGAUAGCUCACAGGGUGGAAACCGUUUUAGACUGUGAUCAAGUCCUAGUCAUGUCCCAUGGCAAGGUUGUCGAAUCCGGCAGUCCACAGGAGCUGCUCCGUCUCGGAAAUGGACAUUUCCGCACCCUCGUCGAAGCCUCCCGCAAGAACGGGGGCACGGUGCUCGUCGAGGCCGCGGAAGCGGAUGAAGAUGACGUUCCGUUAAUAGGGUUCUCGGAUCCGUAGUGCAUUUCUCAAUUUAUAUCAUCUAACAACGAGACAUUAAACAACGAAUCUUCCUUGCAA